ACGUCUACACACAUAGGUAUUGUCAGUCUUAUGAAGAAGUCUGCUGUCGAAGUGUAUGUAAAGGAGAGAAGGUCAUCUGGAGAGAGUACGUCUAGACUGCAGUGUGCAGGCUGGAGCCCAGCAUAUACAGAGGUUUACCACAAGUGUAAUGGGAUUGGGGAGCGGCCGCAGAGGAAUGAAGUCCCCACCUCUUCUCAUUGCUGUCCUCCUGUCGUGUAUUUUGGUUUUGGGGAUAAACUACUGGAUGACAAGCUCCCGAUGUGUGGAACUACAGAGUCACGUGUUGGAGCUGGAGGGGAAAAUGCACAGGGCAGCCGCUGAGCGAGGGGCUGUGGAAAUGAAAAAGAACGAAUUUGAAGAAAAGCUGGCUAAGCAGAAAGAACAAAUUGACAAUAUCCAGUCUUUGCACAGUUCCCAGUUGCAAAGUGUAAACUUGUUGUAUAACAGUGAAAAGGAAUCUUUAAUAAACAAUAUAACGCUAAAGGAUAGACGGAUACAGAUUCUACAAGGUCAGGUCAGGGACUUCGAGGUGAACUUACAAAAUGCAGAGAAGGAGCUUUUGGAACUACAAGAGAAUCAGAACAAGAAGUCUACAUUUGAGCUAACCCAGUGCAGAAGCAAAAUGAAUGAGCAGAUGGAACAGUGCGAAGAAAAGCUACGGAGGGCGAGAGGGAACGAUCCCAAUCAGGAUCUGAUCAAAUCUGAGCAGUCUAAGCCAACAAUCCCAAAUCCAGAUGUUGACAAAAAAGACAACAAUAUAAAGGAGAUCCCACAGGAAAUUGAAGACAAUGCAAUUCAUGAUGUCAAUAAACAAGUAGAGGAUGUCAAAAAAGUUGAGCCUCCAAACAGUGAUGAAAACGGAAUUGCAGGAAAAGGAAUCAUUGACCUCUCCAAUAAAAACCUUGCCCCAAUCCAUGAAGUUCCCAAGCAAAACAAAGAGAAUGGAGUAGAAGAGGAGGAUAAGGCACAAAACGCUCCAGUACAAAAUGAGAAAAACAAGGCAGAAGAUGCACCCCUGCAAAAUAAGGAGAAUAAAGUAGAAGGUGUAGCAGUUGAAAAUGAGGAUACGUUGGAAGAAGCAGUAGACGCAGAAAAGGAGUAUAAUGAGGAGCUAAAGAAAGAUGUCCAAAACAAGGCAGCGCAAAAAGAAGCACAAAAUGAGGAAGUGGAACGAGAGGAACUGCUAAAUAUGGAAGAUCAGUCAGAAGAUAAAGUACCAAACCAGAUUGGAAACAAUGAUGGUAAAGAUGCACAGGAUGAUUAUAAUGGAGAUGAGGGCAAUGUAGCUGAGCCGGAGGCAGACAAGCAAGCACAACUGGAAAACAAUCAGAACUUAGUCGAUCGCAAAGCAAUGGAUGCUAAAAAAUUUGUUCAAGAAGGAGACGACAACCGCGAUCCAAAUCUAAAAAAAUAAACUAUUUCAAACACUUGUGAGAAACAUGAAUUGUUCUCAGUCAACUGACUGAACAAUGCCUUUAAAGAAAGGCCACUGUCUAUGGGACCAGAUGAAGUAGAAAAUGCACGCUCCAGCAAAACUUGAAGACAAAUCUCAAUUCCUUUAAUUCAAGAGAUUCCUUUUAUCCACAAGACACCUUGCAGCUUUAAGAAAGACUUAAUUAUAGAAAAAUGUAACAUUCAUUUGACUAUUUUUAAAUCAUUAACUAGAAUGUGUGAUAUUAUUUUUUAGUGAAUGUAGGCUUUAAAAAAAAAAAUAAAAAAAAACUGCAGUGCAAUUUUAUAGUAAAAAAAUAUGUACAGGACGGGGUCUGUUGUAAUAAAUGUAUGUUUACAGAUUAAAUAACAUUUAAAUCCAUUCAGAGCAGUUGAAAAUCUAAAUAUUCCCAUUAAUAUUUCAAGAGAGUAACUUUUUAGGUUUAAUUGGGUUAGGUAAUCAUGCAGAUCUUACACUUCCAUUUGUGGGGUAAUAUAAACUUGCCUUCCUUCUUGUUUAAUGACUCGGUUUUUAAGAACUUAACUUAUUUUAGAAACUGGUAACAUCUAAGCGACUAGUUUCAGACAAAUUUAAUUAAUUUUUUACCCAUGUAGUAUUCUUUGUAGGAGAACUAUUGUUCCAGAUAAAAGCAAUGAGUCCAAUUUAAUUGUAACACAGUGCUUUAAUAUGUCAUUUUAUUUAAUGGUUUAAGAAAUAGGCAAAAACCAUGUCCUACUUCUAGUAUAAACUGGGAUAGGACAAAGUGACGUAUGUGACAUAAUUCUCGUAAACAUUGCUUUGAUGAAAUUAUUGUCAAGUCUCAUUUCUCUACCUUGUCAAGAACACACGCAAAUGCUAAUUAGAUGGACACGUGUUUUACUUCUACAAAAUACUUGGAAAGUGGAAACAAUGAAAAAUGUAGUGCUUUUAAUGAUUUAUAAUGAAUUACAUUGAAAUUGACUAAACACAGUAAGUAUAUAUAUAUAUUAUUUAAGAAUGUAUUUUGGUGUGAUUGUAGGUUGCACUUUCAAUUUAGUCAGGAUCUUCAGAACAACUCUUGAGUAUGACACACUUUUUGUUACUGUGUAGGGAAUUAGAAACUGUGGUCCACCAGCUGUAAUUGACCCCCAAGAGGUGAAUAACCAAAGAUUAGGCAAGGGUUUGUCCAAUAUAGAUCACCUAGAACUCACUUAUCCACCACUAUUUUUUUGAAAAGGUUUAUGGAUAUUCUAGCUCACUAACAGCUAGAGAACUGUAUUUAACAGUAUGGAACAGUGAAGAAUCGGCAGGGGCAUUUCAAACAGUUAGUAAUAUUAGUGAGAAUGCUGAAAACACACACACAUCUCUCUCUCUCUCUCUCUCUCUCUCUCUCUCUCUGUGUGCCUUAAAAAAAAUAAAACCAAUUAAAAUAGCCUUUUUUGUAGAUUAAAAAUAAAUUGUUACUUUGAGAAUGUCACUAUAAUCUGUAGACCAGAGGCAGGAUUUUUCUACUGUUAAUUGAUUAGAUAAAAUAAAAAAAUAACUUAUUGACUCUUAAAAGCAAACUCACAAUGCAAUUUCUACAUAUAAAAUGCUAAUCACAGAGGUAGAUGUUUUAUAACAUUUGCAAGAAACAUGCAGAUAUCUGGUACAUUCGUUUGAUGUAUUUUUUUGCCUUCUAACAUUUGAUUGUAAAAUUAAUGUCAGAAUGUUUGCCAAACAUUUAAUACCUUAGCAUGCUUUGCAUAAAUGUUACAAAAAAAAACAAACAAUCCUCAAUCACUACAUAGUCUAAGCUUUUAAUUUUUAUCUAUGUGGGGCAAGAAAUUGGAUAUUUUUCUUGGGAUUGGUACUGUUUGUAUCCACUUGGCUUAAAAUUGUACAUUAGAAGUUCUGUUUUAAUUUAUGUCAUUUGUUUUGUAUUUUCUGAACAUAUUUGAUUACAUUUCUUCAAAAACUA